GUGCCUGCCGCCCGCCCGCGCGCGCGCCCCGCUCCGGGUCUGCGGGGCGGCGUGUCCCAGGGCCGCGAGCGCCGGCCCCCUCCUUCCCCUCCCCCUUGGCCCGCUCUCAGCCUCAGAUAAAGCAUUUCCUUCCAUUGUCAUCCUACCCGGCCGGCCGGGCUGCCAGGGCCCUCCCCCUCCCGGCCCCCUCCCUUCCUCCCGCGUCUCACAGUCGCUCCGCAGCCUCGGCGACUGGGGGGAUGUGAGGCCGGCGCCCAGCCCCCGGCGCGCCAUGAGCCCCCCGCUCUGAGGGCUCCGGCCCCUGGAUGCACAGCCGCCGCGCCGAUGGGACCCAGGUGAGCCCGGGUACCCUCCACCCCAGUGCCCCUGGCCCAGAGAGCUGUGGCAGGCAACUCCCUGCUCUGUUACCCUCUCGUCUGCUUCUUACCAUCAGAGAAUGCUGCCCCAGGCCCUGUGCAGACACACCAGGCCCUCAGCCCCAGCCCAUGGACCUGCGGGUGGGUCAGCGCCCACCAGUGGAGCACCCCCCCGAGCCCACGCUGCUGGCCCCGCAGCACCCCUCGCGUCUGCACCAUCCCCUCUUCCUCGCAGGCGUGCAGCAGCGCUCCGUGGAGACCCUGAGGCUCCCGAUGGACACGCCAAUACCGAAGCUGCAGAUGGGCCAGCAGGAACAAGAGCUACGGCAGCUUCUCAAUAAGGACAAGAGCAAGCGAAGUGCUGUAGCCAGCAGUGUGGUCAAGCAGAAGCUGGCAGAGGUGAUUCUGAAGAAGCAGCAGGCAGCCCUGGAGAGAACAGUCCAUCCCAAUAGCUCCAGUAUUCCCUACAGAACUCUUGAGCCCUUGGAGACAGAAGGAGCCACCCGCUCCCUGCUCAGCAGCUUUCUGCCCCCUGUUCCCAGCCUGCCCAGUGAUGCCUCAGAACACUUCCCUCUGCGGAAGACGGUCUCCGAGCCCAACCUGAAGCUGCGCUACAAGCCCAAGAAGUCCCUGGAGCGGAGGAAGAAUCCACUGCUCAGAAAGGAGAGUGCACCGCCCAGCCUCCGGCGGAGGCCUGCGGAGUCCCUCGGUGACUCCUCCCCCAGUAGUGGUAGCACUCCGGCAUCAGGGUGCAGCUCCCCCAAUGACAGCGAGCAUGGCCCCAACCCUGUCCUGGGCUCAGAGGCGCUCUUGGGCCCGCGGCUGCGGCUGCAGGAGACCUCUCUGGCCCCGCUCGGUUUGCCGACAGUGUCCCUGCUGCCCGCGAUCACACUGGGGCUGCCAGCCCCUGUCAGGGCUGAUGGUGACCGCAGGACCCACCCAACACUGAGUCCUCGGGGGCCAGUCCUGGGAAGCCCCCAUGCUCCCCUCUUCCUGCCCCACGGCCUGGAGCCUGAGGCUGGGGGCCCCUUGCCCUCUCGCCUGCAGCCCGUUCUCCUCCUGGACCCCUCAGUCUCUCACACCCCACUGCUGACGGUGCCGGGGCUGGGACCCCUGCCCUUCCACUUUGCCCAGUCCUUACUGACUACCGAGCGGCUCUCUGGGUCAGGCCUCCACCGGCCGCUGAGCCGGACCCGCUCAGAACCCCUGCCCCCAAGGGCCACCGCCCACCCACCGCUGGGCCCCCUGAAGCCCCAUCUGGAGCGGCUCAAACCCCACAUCCAGCUGAUCAAGAGGCCCGCCAAGUCAAGUGAGAAGCCUCGACUGCGGCAGAUACCUUCUGCUGAGGACCUAGAGACAGAUGGUGGUGGAGUGGGGCCCGUGGGCGGGGACAGUAUGGAACACAGGGAGUUGAGCCACAGGCAGCAUGACGCCAGAGGCCCUGUUCCUCUCCAGCAGCACCAGCAGGUGUUCCUCUGGGAGCAGCAGCGGCUGGCUGGGCGGCUUGCCCGGGGAGGCACUGGGGAAUCUGUGCUGCUUCCUCUGGCUCAGGGCAGUCACCGGCCCCUGUCCAGGGCUCAGUCAUCCCCGGCCGCACCUGCCUCACUACCAACCCCAGAGCCGGCCAGCCAGCCCCGUGUCCUGCCUGGCUCAGAGACUCCUGCCGGGACCCUGCCCUUCACCACAGGGCUGGUCUACGACUCGGUCAUGCUGAAGCACCAGUGCUCCUGUGGAGACAACAGCAGGCACCCGGAGCAUGCGGGCCGUAUCCAGAGCAUCUGGUCCCGGCUGCAGGAGCGGGGCCUCCGGAGCCAGUGUGAGUGUCUCCGGGGCCGGAAGGCCUCCCUGGAGGAGCUGCAGUCAGUGCACUCCGAGCGCCAUGUGCUCCUCUACGGCACCAACCCGCUCAGCCGCCUCAAACUGGACAACGGGAAGCUGGCAGGGCUUCUGGCACAGCGGAUGUUCGUGACGCUGCCCUGUGGUGGGGUUGGGGUGGACACCGACACCGUCUGGAGCGAGCUGCACUCCUCCAGUGCGGCUCGCUGGGCCGCCGGCAGCGUCACCGAUCUCGCCUUCAGGGUCGCUUCCCAGGAGCUGAAGAACGGUUUUGCUGUGGUUCGGCCCCCAGGACACCAUGCAGACCACUCCACAGCCAUGGGCUUCUGCUUCUUCAACUCAGUGGCCAUUGCCUGCCGGCAGCUGCAGGAACAGGGCAAGGCCAGCAAGAUCCUCAUUGUGGACUGGGAUGUUCACCAUGGCAACGGCACCCAGCAGACCUUUUACCAGGACCGCAGUGUGCUCUACAUCUCUCUGCAUCGGCAUGACGAUGGCAAUUUCUUCCCAGGCAGCGGGGCUGUGGAGGAGGUGGGAGCUGGCAGUGGUGAAGGCUUCAAUGUCAACGUGGCCUGGAUGGGAGGCCUGGACCCCCCGAUGGGAGAUCCUGAGUACUUAGCUGCCUUCAGGAUGGUCGUGAUGCCCAUCGCCCGGGAGUUCUCUCCAGACCUGGUCUUGGUGUCAGCCGGAUUUGAUGCUGCUGAGGGCCACCCAGCCCCGCUGGGUGGCUACCGGGUUUCCGCCAAAUGCUUCGGGUACAUGACGCAGCAGCUGACGGGCUUGGCAGGGGGCGCGGUGGUGCUCGCCCUGGAGGGAGGCCAUGACCUCACAGCCAUCUGUGAUGCCUCCGAGGCCUGUGUGGCUGCUCUUCUGGGCAGCAAGGUGGACCCCCUCUCAGAAGAAGGCUGGAAACGGAAACCCAACCCCAACGCCAUCCGCUCUCUAGAAGCUGUGAUCCGGGUGCACAGUAAAUACUGGGGCUGCAUGCAGCGCCUGGCCACCUGUCCAGACUCCUGGGUGGCCAGGGUACCAGGGGCUGAUGCAGAAGUGGAGGCAGUGACAGCACUGGCGUCCCUCUCCGUGGGCAUCCUGGCUGAAGACAGGACCUCAGAGCAGCUGGUAGAGGAAGAGGAACCCAUGAAUGUCUGAGGCUCCAGGACCCGCCCACCCACCCUUUGGGCCUGGUUCCUGCCUAACCUCUGGCAACAGGACCCAAUCCUGGGGCCUUCAGAGACUCUCCAGGCAGGGAGCUGGAGCCAGAGAACAGACCCCACAGCCACCCCAAGGAGCCUAGGAUGGGGCCCAAAGAGGACGCGGAGAAGAGGCAGGCUGGGUAGCCAGCCAGGCCCCAGAGGGUUCUCAAGAGCAGAGUCCACUGCUCUGGACUCCAGGCCCCUGGCUGGGAACGCCCUUCCUCAGGACUGCAGAGAGGAGGACUGGCUCAGUGUGGCCUACCCAUAACCACUAUUCCUGGCUCUGUAGACCCCAAACUUUGCACAUGGCCCCAGGCUCCACACAGAAAUGUGAACUUGGCCUCAGCCAGGGUAGCCCUUCCUGGUUCUGAGGGCUGCAUGGGGGGAAUGGGCAGAGGUGGGAGGAGCCAGGGGUUCCAUCUCUGCGUGCAGUGGGAGUCCCUCCUCUCACCAGCUUCUUCAAGUGAUUCAGGAAGCUGCCCACCCCCCGCCAGCCACCACCAAUGGGCAGGAGACAAAGCUCCUUCCAAAAGCAGCCGCUGGCAGGCCUCCCAUCUGGUCCCUGCCCCUGAUAGGGGCCACCCUAGGUUGGCCAUCUCAGCGCCCUGGUGGAGCAGACAGGUGCUUCUGGAGCUCUGUGCUUCUGAUCAAUGGUGCCAGCCCCUCCAUCUACCCUUGGAAGCACAGUGUGAUGCCCAGGGAUCCCUUGGUCACUGACCUCUCCAUGAGCCUCCUCUCUUUCUGGGGUGUCCCCCACCCCAACUCUGACUCCUGCCCCAUCCAUGACUAGUUUGGUUGGGAGGAAAGGGGGUUGGAGAGUGGGUGCAAGGUAUGGCGGAGGGGGAGCUGCCUUGGCCAAGUCUUCAAGGCUUCUGGGGCCUAGGCCUGGGGCUAAGAAGGAAAGUGUGUGCAUGUGAGAGAGAGAGAGAAUGUGUAUGUGACAGAAUGUGUGUGUGUCUUCUCUAUGACUACCAUACCCUGUGUAUGUAUGCAUGUUUUUGUAAAAAAGAAAAAAAUGGAAAAAAAUCUGAAGAAUAAAUGUUUUAUUUGCUUUAAAGGAACGUGCAAACAGGCUUCUCGGAGUGGGGGGGGGUGCAGUGGGCAUACAGUUGUAAGCCCAGUGUGCGCCUGGUUCGGUGUGAAGAAGGUGGGGCUGACGGGCAGCCCCCUUCUGGCUCCUUGCCUUUGUGUGGACAUCCUGGACACACCUUAGCUGCCCUGCUGUCCCACCUCAGGAUAAUAAAGAGGCAGCGGCUUUGGGCUGAGUCCAUGGGCAGAGGGCCCACUGCAGCAUCAGGGAUACAGGUGUCCAGACCCAGUGCACUAAGGGAGCCUCGAAGAGUGGUCAGUCAGACCUGCUGGGGUUCAGGUCCCACUGGAAGCUCAGGUAAGUCACCUCACCUCCUGAGGCUUCUGUUUAUCAGUGAAAGGCUACAGAAAUAGACAGUUUAUGAUUCUUUCCUGUUCUAAUGCACCAUGACUUCUUAAGCACAAGUUAAGCCUAAAAGAGAGAAUGGGUGAGGCCACGGGCCCGCACAAGCCCAUCCAGUGUAAGAAGAGAGGAAGGUACUGGGGUUGCCAGCACCCAUCUUCACAGUUCUGAGUCAGCCAGGCCUCCCCAGCCAGCAGCCUCCUCGCCUCAGACCUGGCC